UACUGUUUUAUUUUAUUUGGCACAUUUUUGGCUUGUUAUGCAGCAAAUCUGAGUCAACUUUCAUGUGAUUAGAUUAGUGCUAUAUUCAAAGAAGAUUCUGUGCUGCUGAUUUAUUAUGCUCCCUUCUUCACCUGGUUUUCAGGAUUGUGGAGAAAUAAACAAGGUUCCUCUAAUUUGACGCAACAAUGACUAUGAGAGCCUUAGAGGGCUUCUCUCUAUACCACAUGAGCAGCAGUACAAGGGAGACAGCUUCUUACAUUUUAGGUGUAAUCAGUGUCAUUGUUUGGGUUAUUGCUGAGAUACCUCAAAUAAUCACAAACUACACUGCAAAAUCUGCUAAGGGUCUCUCUCUCACUUUCUUGUUAACAUGGGUAAUCGGAGAUAUAUUCAACCUCUUGGGAUGCAUUCUUGAGCCUGCAACUCUUCCAACUCAGCUAUAUAUGGCAGUGCUUUAUACCAUAAUAACCAUUGCACUUGGUUCGCAAACCAUUUAUUAUGAGCAUAUAUAUCAUGGACAAAAGUACAAGAGACAGCACGAGCCUGAGACACCAGAAAUAUUUAGACGAAGCGACAGUGCAGAGCAAAAAGCUAGUGAUGCUGAGCAUAGUGAUGAAUAUGAUGAUUUCAGUGAUGGUGCUAAAAUGAGUUCUCCUAUUCCUUUUCCAGGACAACCUCAAAGUCCCAAUUCAGAAUUAUUCUACCAGUCAGCAAGAUAUUUGUCUAAGAGUUUUACACCAACAGCAGGAUCUGUCUUAGCCCAAAGAGCAUCACCAACAUCCUCUUAUGUAGGCUCCAUACAUGAGGGUCUACUCGGUUCAGCUGCCAUCCGACAAUCUGCGCCAGCUAUAAAGAUCAAGAGCACCUUUUGUUUGGUGUCAACAUUAACUUUUCUUGGUGCUAUCAAGUUCCUUCAAUCACUGGAUAGAAGAAUUGACCCGUUGAUCUCCAGCCCAAGACAAGAAGUUGUGAUUUAUGUUGGAAGAAAGCUCUUUCAGGUUGGUGGCGAGCAGAUGCUAGAAGAAGGUUUAGCAGGAAGCCUCGGGACCUUACUUGGUUGGGCAAUGACAUUAAUAUAUUUGGGUGGAAGGCUGCCUCAAAUAUGCCUGAAUAUCAGAAGAGGUCAUGCUGAGGGCCUCAAUCCUUUGAUGUUUCUUUUUGCUUUAAUGGGGAAUGUCACUUAUGUUGGAAGCAUACUUGUGAUCAGCUUGGAAUGGUCAAGAAUCAAACCAAAUCUACCAUGGCUAGUGGAUGCAGGAGGAUGUGUCCUUCUAGAUGGCUUUAUUUUGAUGGUAUUUGUGCUCCUAAUCUCUUCAAUUAUUAUCUUCUUUCAGUGGUAGUAUUGAGGCUGCCAAGAUUAACUAAGGGUUCAAUUAUACUAUUGACAGCCAUGGUUCCAUUAGCUUUAAAUGUUUGAAGUUUUUAUUGUCUUAAUCUAAAGAAAAUGAAAGAAAUGGACAGUGUCUCAGUUGGAUGAAGAUGAGAAACCAUAUAGUUCACAACUACAGCAAAGUUUUAUUCUUCCAGAACACUGUAUAAUAUAUCUUCAUCAUAUCAUAUGCUGGUAGUUAAUAACCAUAAGAAUAUACAGUUUGGUUUCAGUGCCACUAGUAGUUAGUGCUAUUUGGAUGAAUCAGGAAUCUGUAUUUAUAUUAUCGUAAUAAUACAGAAAAUGGUUCUAUUUGGCUAUUGUUUUCCUAAAAACACAUAAUUUUCUUACACUAAACCCAAAUAAAUGCUUAAGUGCGGAAACACUUCUUUACAUGUUAAUUGUUAAACCUUACUCUGCUUAAUGAUGUUUGUCUUGGCUUAAUUUUUAAUUCUCUUGAUUUUACCAUUAAUGUAGGUAAUUUGUUUCGGCAUCAUUCUGACAUAGAUGUUCAUAGAAAUCUUGCAAUCUCCACUUAGCCGAUCCAUACUUGUUAGCCAGAAUGCCAGAAACAGAAAAGGAAAUGUCUCUUUUAUUUGAUCAAUAGAUUGAAAUUUUAUACUUUGAUAGUUUUAGACAAUAUAAAAUGCUUUACUAUAAUGAAACCUCAGGUUUACUUUUCUUUGUUCAACCAGGAUGUGUUUGAUUACUUAGC